GUACUAAAAAACAAUCAUGGGUGACGUCGAGGGCUUCGAGACCGCGGACGCCGGGGCGUCGGAGACGAUCCCCAUGGAGGCGGGCCAGAUCCGCAAGGGCGGCUACAUCUGCAUCAAGAACCGCCCCUGCAAGGUCGUCUCCGUCUCCACGUCGAAGACGGGCAAGCACGGCCACGCCAAGUGCAACUUCGUCGCCACGGACAUCUUCACGGGCAAGAAGCUCGAGGACAUCGUGCCGUCGACGCACGGCACGACGGUCCCCAACGUCUUCCGCAUGGAGUACACGCUCCUCGACAUCUCCGACGAGGACUACCUCUCCCUCAUGGACGAGUCCGGCGAGGCCCGCGAGGACCUCCAGAUGCCCAAGGGCCCCGACGAGCUCGUCAAGUCGAUCCGCGAGGGCUUCGACGCGGGCGACUCGCUGUCCGUCGUCGUCGUCAAGGCCAUGGGCGAGGAGCACGUCAUGUCCUGCAAGAAGGACACGUCGGCCUAGAUUGUGAACACGAAGAUCUGGCAACCGCGGCCGCGCCAGGAGUCGGCCGCAAAAAAAAACACAAACACGAACGCCGCCGGUCGCCGUCCCGGACCGGACCCACCCCGAACCAACCCGCCUAAAAAAGACCACUCUCUC